AUGAAUGCAGCGUGUCGUCUUUCCGGAAGUGUGCAUCUUGGUUUAGACUCGUGUUCCUGCAUUUCUCGAUACAUUGUCCUUAAUGUACGAAGUAUGAAUUUAAGUUUAAGCUGGAAAGACAGACAGUCUUUGCACGGUUGUGUUGCACUGACUAUAAUGCAGAAAGCGUCAGGAUUAAACAAACAGCUAGAACAUUAUUAGCUGUCCAGCUAACAGCCCCAGUCAUGACUGGCAGAUUUGGUUACCAUAGAGAUGACAGCUGAGAAAGAUGGUCUAUUUGAGGACCCAAGCUUUUCAGCGGAUGACUCCGCCCUCUUCUCGGACUACACCACGCCCCUUUCCCGUCUCACCGGCAAAGUCACCUGGCUCCGCCCAGAGCAAAUCUGUAAGAGUCCAUUACUCUUUCCUGAUGACUAUACUGAGGCAUACCCAAAGCAAGGCAUUCUAGGAGAUUGCUGGUUGCUGUGUGCUUGUACCAUGCUGCUGAAGAACCGCUAUCUUCUGGAUCAGGUGAUGCCCCCUGGACAGUGUGUGUGGGGACAGAGAGGUUACACUGGUCAGUUCCGGUUCCAGUUUUGGAGGAAUGGCCAUUGGACAGAAGUUCAGAUCGAUGAUCGUCUGCCGUGCAUCAACAACACACCCUGUUUCUCUCGCUGUCACAGCCCCAUGGCUUUCUGGGUAGCAUUGUUGGAAAAAGCAUACGCAAAGCUUCAUGGCUCAUAUGAGCAUUUGUGGGCUGGACAAGUGUGUGAGGCAGUGGUGGAUCUGAGUGGAGGUGUGGCUGAACGCUGGAGUUUAACAAAAUCUGUGAACACACCUGGAGGGAAGAGCUUGUUCUCAGAGCUCUCACAGGAGAUGAGGAAGCAGAGUUACAUAAGUUGCUGUGUACACGAAACACCUAUAGGUUCCCCUGAGCAGGGUCAGUUCCAUGCUUUGAGUGUAAUGGAAUGGAAAACUGUGAAAACAAGUGCUGGAGCAGAAGUGCAACUGCUGCAGAUACGCAACCCAUGGGGCAGGAGGUGCUGGAAAGGAGCCUGGACUGAAAAAGGAGCAGGGUGGACUUUGCUGGACCCCUCAUGGUCUGCAGAUCUGUUGGGCCGCACAAAGGAUGGGGAAUUCUGGGUAGAUGAGAUGGAAUUUCAGCAAAAAUUUGACGAAGUUACUGUAGGAUACCCAGUCAAUGAGGAUCAUCAUCUUCAGAGCAUAUACACAGGGUCUUUCUUGACUCACACCCAGCAGCUAAGCGGCUCCUGGGUCAGAGGCCACUCGGCAGGGGGUUGCCGUAACAACAGUACCUACAGCAGCAAUCCCAAAUUCUGGUUAAAGGUUAAGGAAGGAGGAGAGGUACUCAUGUCACUCCUGCAGCAUGGACCAUGGCGCUCAAUGUACAAUUCCCAGAAAGAGCAAUCACUUGGCAACGCACAUCAGCACCCAUACUAUCAGGCCAUUGCACUGCAUGUUUGGAAGGUGGACAAAAAGCGCUUUAACUUGAUGCGGACACUAAACUCGACACCGUGUGCGUCCUCAUGCACACACACGUAUGAACGUGAGGUGGUGGUACAUGCACACUUAAGUGCUGGGUUCUAUCUGCUUGUGCCCAGCACCUUCCUGCAGGGCGCACAUGGGCACUUCCUUCUUCGAGUGCAUUCUACCUGCCCCACUUACCUCAGUGCAGUAAAGGUGAGUGCGCAGCAGGAGUCUGUAGGUGGAGAAUGGGAGAUGACAAGUGUGAGAGGCUGUUGGACAGUUGGCUCUACAGCUGGAGGAGGUCGGAACUUCCCAUCACAUGGGCAAAAUCCUCAUGUUCCCCUCGUAGUGACUUAUGACCCUGGGGGGACAAAUGUUAGUCUCACGCUGCGCCAGCAUAGCCCAGAGAACACACUUCAUGCCAUUGGCUUUCAUAUUUAUAAGGUUAUCGGUGAAGCAGACUGCAUGGUGAUCUCGGGUACAGUGUGCCCUGUGGUGAGUUGUGUUCCACACUCUCACUCUCAGGAAGUCAGUGUCCAGUGUAGGCUUCCCCCUGCUGACUACAUCGUUCUGCCCUCCACUUACCAGCCAGACUGCGGUGCAGAAUACACACUCACCAUCAUGCGGAAAAUACCAAGGAAAGCAAUAAGCUGUCAAGAAUCUUUGGGUCAAGCAAUUCAAGAGACAUCUCAUGUCUCUGUGAUGGGGCUGUAGUGUUUUGGACUGGGUGCUCUUUCUGUCUCCAGCUUUCUGCUGACGAGCUAUUGAAGCUGCCGCUCAUGCCGUGGUCUCUUUCAUGGUUUUUACAAGCACUGUGCUGCCAUACAAUGAUCAGUUGAAACAAAGUGUCCCACCAUCAAGAACAAAGAAAUCACUCAGGGAGAGAGUUACCGGCUGACCCAUACAGAGCUGGUGUGCCUGCCAACAACUAGACCAGGUUUGAGAGCAUGGCAAACAAGAGAGUUCAGUCCUUCUCAAGUGGGCAGUGGCUGUUUUAGAACAGCACAUUUUUAUAGCCCAAAUAGGUCACAUACUACGUUGUAAUCGUUUGAGUGUGUUUUAGUGUGGUACAAACCUAACACAUCUAAACAUUCUGUUGGGUAAAAUAAAUGUCUGCUGUCAUCUUCCAUUUGCUCUGCAUGUAAAUUGUGUGUUUGUGUUUACAAUUUAAUAAAUAAACUAGUGCAAUAA